AUCAGAUAUGCUUUCUGCCAGUCUCAUUCAAUAUCUACUUGCAGUUGAUUUGACCUCAAGGCUAGCGGUCUUCGCUUUGGUACAGUAGGCGUAGUCACUAUUGUAAAUCAAGGCAUUUAAGAUUCCAUCUCUAGGCUGGACUAGAGACCCCUGAACGGCACAAAUGGCAUGUGGCUUGGAAGCCCCAUACUGUUUUACCUCAAGACAACUACUGCUGAAUGGCUUACUGAGACAGCAAUCUCCCAUAAGCAAGGCUUCAAGAAUUCAUGCCUAGCCACUCAUGCCAGCUUCUGGGCUUUUCCCAGACAGUGCCUUGCUCAUUGUUGCACUGCUGUGAUCUUUCCCCAUACCAUGAUCCAUGAUCUUCUGAAGUGUUUACGCGCUCGUUUAACGAGAAGACCCGUUAUGACGUAUGGCUAAGCGUCAUAUCGGCCCCUCCCACUCUCAGAAGCCAGCACACUUCCGAUCUAGUGACUCUAUGCUCUGCCCUACGAUUGGUUAGGCCGACAUCCAUAGAAUGCGCCUGACGCAUGAGCUUCGCAUGGGUUGUUUGGCUUUUGUCAGAUCUUCAAUCCACAUCGCCAAAGCAUCGUCAUCCUCAUGGACGAAGCACUUCUUCGAGAGCUAGGCGUGGAGCCCAGAACUUGAUGGUAAUUUCGUGCAUGGAGUGAGUCUCAUUCUUGAGGACAGCCCACAACUACAGGAAGCAGCUUGGGAGACAGGCCCUUUCAGACAGAGUUCAGAAUUGCAUCCCGCAACCGGAGCGAUCUCCGAUCUCAAGGUCUCUGAAGGAAGGUUUGCAGACACAUGUGCAAAGGGCUUUAUCAUAGUUUAUUCAGCCUUCCAGGAACCGGAUCUGCAUGGCACCGUUGAGUGUGCAUCAAGUCCUUCGUCUGUAAACAUGGUACACUAAUUGUUAACAACUUAGGUCAUGUGGAUCGCAGCCGAUCAUAUUGCGUACUCCGCACAUCACAAACCACUUCGUUUUACCAUCUCAUGAGC